AUGUAAUUUAAAUCAGAAAACUUAUGGAUACAGAUUCGUUUGCGUAAUUAGGUUAUAAAGUAAGCAAAAAGUAGGGUAGUUCAAAAAAAAUAUCAAGUGUCAGAAAUUUAAUUACAGGAUAAUUAAAGAUUAAAUUUAUUAUAAAUUUAAACGACUUUUGAUAGUAAAUUCAUUGUUUAAGCUUUACAUUCCAUAAAAAUUGUUUAUCGAAAUGAAUAGAACUGCGUUUGGAAAGAAGAGUUUGAAUAGGCGGCGACCCCGAGUGGAUAGGUUCGUUCUACCCAGGGAACAACUGGCCGAGAUUAAAAGUCGCGCUCUUUGGAAAAUACCCUCAGCUUACACUGGCGACAUUUGGAGUUCAGAAUACUUACAACGGAAGAAAUAUGCUGAAUAUUUAGAUGAAGCUUUCGGUUUGGAACCCUUGAAAGCUCAUGAUUGUAACCAGUCGAUACCUGACGGGUACAGAGCUCAAGCCUGGCCCUGCGUGCCCAGAAAACGUAGAUACCUCACUUCAGCCGACAGCAUAUUGGAUCUACCGACAUACAGCUAUGCUUUGUUUCCAGAGCUUUUGGACUGGAGCAGUGAUAACAUUCUGGUGGCAGCUCUGGGCAGGAACUACCAUAAAUGGAGCUGGCGCACUCAAAGCCUUACCAACCAGGGUUUUACGCAAUAUGAAAUACAAUGCUGCAAGUUUGAUCCUAGAGGAGAACUCUUACUGCUUGGCACUGACAACCAGAUAACGGAGAUUCACAACAACGCGAUGAGCAAGUGGGUGGCUGAAUGUUCCUGUUUGUGUAACAGAUUUGUAGCCAUCUGCAGCAUCACUGCCGUCGAUUGGAGCCCUACAGGAAACUCUUUUAUAACGGGAUGUUCUCGUGGAGUGCUGGUGUCAUACACUCGCACUGGAGACAUGCUGGGGUGGCGACGUGUGGGCGAGACGAUGCUGGCGGUGCGCGUAUCUCCGGACGCACGGUAUGUGGCGGCCGCGGCCGUCAACGGAACCACCGUACUCGUCAUGACCUGGCCGCUACUCCACUUGUACUCUAGUUUGGGCUCUAACUGGACUGUUAAGGCUUUGAGCUGGCACCCAUGGCGCUCCGCCUUGCUGGGUGUGGGCGCAGUGACGUCACGGAUGAACGCGCACGUCGCGGUGUGGGACGCGCCCACCUCCCGGGUCACGGACACCACAAUCCGCCACAGCCGCCAUAGUCUGGACGCUAUGCUCUUCAGCCAUAAGACCGGAGAGCUGGUCAUCAGCUUGUGGAACCCGGAACGAGCCGUUUCAUCGCCGAAGACUUGUUCACAAUUGGUAGUGAUGAGUGGACCAGAUAAAGUGGUCGAUCAAUGGGGCGAAGAACGCUCGGGACUGGACCGGAUCAGGACUAUGGUUUUCAGUCCCGAUGGAACUAAGCUUGGUAAGCGACAGCAACAGCAGACGAAGACCUCAUCAUCUGGAACUUUCUCCCGGAAGACUCCAAGAGGAAGAAGUGGAAAUGCGACAGAUUCUGGGCGCUUCCGCUGUACCUGGACGAAACGACUUACGGCCUCUCAAUGCGUUAGAUCGUUUCUCAAACUUAGAUCGUGAACUCUAGUCAGACGCCGCCGGGAAUACGGGGACGCGAAAUAUAAUAAAAAUACGUAAAAAAAUUGUUUCCAAAGUCACAAUUAAAAUACUUUUACAAUAAAAUUUUGACUAGUGACUCGAGACCCAAGAAUGAUCGAGUUAAAAAGAUACGCGAAGCUGACGCCUCCGUCUGGAAAAUAAAAAAAAACUAAUAAUUUCUCUCUUCUUUUCCGUUCUCCUAUUUAACUCAAUACUAUGUCAGUAUAUUGCAGAGAGCCGCUACAUAUUAGCUAAUCUAUGUUAAACAUUAAGACGAACUCGGAAUAGCAUAUUAUGAUAUUACCGGCUACCACACGCCACACCCAACGCAUAUAAAUAUUAUAAUAUUCCCAACAAAACCCUAGUAAUAUUUCAAACAAUUUCUGACUUUCGUAUGUAACACGAGACCAUCUGACAAAUUUAUUCUAGAUCAGUGUUUCCCAACCUUUUUUGUGACAUGCCCCACUGUAACUUUUCUAAAAUUUUUAACAUUAAUAAAUUACCCCUUAAUACAUCAUUUUUGACAUUAAUAAAUUAAUUUGUUCCCUUAAGAAACAUAACGUUUUAGAAAAAAAAAUACUAUGAAAUUGUUAUCAGAACAGAGUAUAUAAUAGUUCAAAACAUAAUAAAAAACUAAAAAUUAAAAUUCAAAAUAAUUUUAAUAUAGAUUUUCAAUAUUCAUUAAGUGCCAUUGCCUCCCUUAUUUAUCAAAUUGCUCCCUUGUGGCGCGUGGACCCUACUUUGGGAAGCACUGUUCUAAAUCAUACAUCAACUGCCUUAACAGAAUGAUCUUGAGUUUAUCAACUUAGUUUUAUAAUUUCGCCAUUUCAAUCAGUCUUUCGCUACUGUAAAAUCAACUAAAAUACUAAAAUACGUCGACAUUAGAAUAUCGUGCGAACUAUAAAAUAUUCGAAAGAUAUAAUAUAAUUAUUGAAAACAAAAAAAAAAAAAUACUUUUUACAUAAAACCGAGAAGUAUUAUCAAUAUUGCAUAGGACAAUUUUAUUAUUUCAUUUUGGAAACUAUUCCGCGACUGCGGGAUUAAUGCAUCAAUUUAUUUCAAGACAAAAUAUGUUAUUAACCUAUUUCAUAUAAUAUAUAAUUAAUGCGCUGUUGACAUUUAAAAUUGUUGUUUAUUUGUAAAUUUUAUGAUAUUGUAAUUUUGUAAAAAUAAAAUGGAUUAUUAAAAUCUGAUUUA